AUGCCAACGUCUCGCCAGGCUGUCGCUAACCGCUAUGGUAAAAUCGCUGAUUACGAGAACACUCGAUUAGCGACCCACCCAAUGGAACGCGAGCUUACAUUGCGUGCUAUUCGCCAAGCCCUAAAUACCUCCGAAACUGCUGAGACUGAGCGUAAACGUAUCGCAGACGUAGGAGGCGGCCCGGGAAAGAUAGCUUUUGCACUUGCUGACCAGGGCCAUCAUGUCGAUCUCAUCGAUUUGAGUCCCGACCUAAUCCGUCUUGCAGAACUCGAGCAGGAUCAGCGCAGCGCAAGUGCUGAGAACACAGCACUUCUUGCGAGCAUCAGCGUAGGCGACGCUUUGGAAGCAAAUACUUUGACCAACGACUCCUAUGACGCCGUUCUUCUCCUGGGUCCUCUCUAUCAUCUCUUGGAGGAGCCUGAGCGAAAGAAGGCGGUCGAGAACGCUCUGAGGCUUGCAAAGCCUCAGGGGGGACUCAUCUUUUGCGCGUUCGUCAGUAAGGAAGCUCACCUGAGGGAUGUCGCAAUGCGCGACCCCGCGCGGCUUGUCAAACAAAAGGACUUUUAUGCUGCCUAUCUCGCGGACGGCCGUUAUGAAAGAUUCAACGAGGGCCUUGAGGCAGAAGUACAAUCGUUCCACACGGACAGUGGCAGCAUACGUAGUUUCUUUCGACAUUACUUCACUGACGUAGCAGAGCUCAUCAGUCUGCGCUCUACAGAGGGGAUUCUCGGUGGUGGGCUUGAUGCCAAGCUUAUUGAUGCUGAUAGUGAAGUCAUAGAGGCGUGGGCAGAUUUAUUGUUUAAGGAGUACUCUGAGAAAGAAGAAUACCUUGGAUGUGCAGAUCAUUUACUUGCUGUCUUACGGAAGAAGUAA